CUUUCACAAAAUUGUCCAAUUGUGUUGUACGUCCCGCUGUGGGAUUUUUUAAAAAUUGUGUUAUAAUUCGACGAUUAUUUAGUUGUGUUAUAUUCAAUUUCCAGUAAUUUGACCUUAAACGAGAAAUUUUACUUGACGACUCUGGCCGGAAACAACGCACCACAAUGCCAAGUGAAAUAAUUACUCUGCAGCUUGGGCAGUGCGGAAAUCAAAUUGGAUUUGAGUUCUGGAAAAGAUUGUGCCUGGAGCAUGGCAUCUCCCCUAGCGGCGUGCUGGAGGACUUUGCCAAUGAUGGCUUGGACCGCAAGGAUGUGUUCUUCUACCAGGCGGACGACGACCACUACAUACCCCGCGCGGUGCUCCUUGACUUGGAGCCGAGGGUGAUCAAUACCAUAAUGGGUUCGGUCUACUCCAAGCUCUACAAUCCGGAAAAUGUGUACCUAUCCAAGCACGGAGGUGGCGCGGGCAACAACUGGGCCUCCGGCUAUAGCCAGGGCGAAAAGCUGCAAGAAGAGGUAUUCGACAUCAUCGACCGUGAGGCCGAUGGGAGCGAUUCGCUGGAGGGCUUUAUACUUUGCCACUCGAUUGCUGGCGGGACAGGCUCGGGAAUGGGGUCCUUCAUCAUGGAGCGCCUGGCGGACCGCUAUCCCAAGAAACUUAUCCAAACAUUCAGUGUGUUUCCCAAUCAGGACGAGAUCAGUGAUGUAGUGGUGCAGCCAUACAACUCCAUGCUCACUCUAAAACGUUUGACCACCGCUGCGGACAGUGUGGUUGUCCUGGACAACACUGCUCUUAAUCGUAUUGCCUGCGAUCGCUUGCACAUUCAGAAUCCCAGCUUUUCGCAGAUCAACAACCUGGUCUCCACCAUAAUGAGCGUCAGCACCACUACGCUGAGGUAUCCAUCCUACAUGAACAACAAUCUCAUUGGGCUGACGGCUCCUUUAAUCCCGACACCACAGCUGCAUUUUCUCAUGACUGGCUACACGCCGCUGACUAGCGAUUCGGAUAUAAAUACCCAGCAGCAGGUUAAUGUGCGAAAGACUACUGUUCUAGAUGUAAUGCGGCGUCUGUUGCAGCCCAAGAACAUGAUGGUGUCCACAGGUCCGGACAAGUCAAAUCAUCACUGCUACAUCUCCAUUCUAAACAUUAUCCAGGGCGAGGUGGAUCCCACUCAAGUGCACAAGUCGCUGCAGCGCAUCCGCGACCGCAAGAUGGCCCAGUUCAUUCCCUGGGGCCCCACCUCUAUCCAGGUGGCCCUUUCCCGCUCAUCGCCCUACGUGCAGAGCAACCAUCGAGUGUCCGGACUGAUGCUGGCCAACCACACCAGCAUCUGCUCACUGUUCGAGCGGGCUCUCAAUCAGUAUGACAAGCUUCGCAAGCGCGGCGCCUUUCUUGACCAGUUUCGACGCGAGGACAUCUUCAAGGACGACCUCAAUGAGCUGGACGAAUCUCGCGAAACUGUUGACUGCCUGGUACAAGAGUAUGAGGCAGCCACCCGUGAGGAUUACAUGCAGUUUUCAGUGAAGCGGGGUAAUGGGCAAGCUGACUCCAAGUCGGAGGAUAGUCGAUCUAAGACCAGCGCCGGUUCCUAGUUCGCUUGUGCCAGAAGUAUCGCGUGCCAUGCAUCUUCACCAAUGUAUUUUAAUAUGUAAUAUUCUCCAAUGACGAUGGGAUUCGAAAUCCUUAAUUAGUAAAAAGACGAUUGUUGGUAAGACUCGCAUGUAUUAAACGCUGUUUCGUCUUUUACGAUAUUUAACGAUCGUAUUUCCCUUGUUGCACAAUUACACAUGAGAAUUCCCUAUCAAAUGUUCAAUAUAUGACACAUUAUAUAAUAAAGAGUUUUAAAAUGUGGUAGUGAGUGUUUAUUGAGAAGCACAUUACA